UCGCGCUUAUUGAAAUAAAGAAGAGUUUAGGCGACAUCCGGGCAUCUUUCCCCAGUUCGGGAGGUCGCCAUUUUACUGUUGAGACGCGCACAUUGCAGACCACGCUUAUACACGAGUAAAAUCUCACCAUGACAACUGCAGGAGUGACGGAGAUGGGAAUGCGACGGCCUUUCGAUCCUGUGGCUCACGAGUUGGAUCCUAGUUUUCGACUCACGAAGUUCGCUGACCUAAAGGGAUGAGGGUGUAAAGUCCCCCAAGAAGCACUGCUCAAGCUUUUAGAGGGACUUAACAAUGACAGCGAAACACAGGAUCCGGAAUCGUCGCAUUUCCAAUACAUGGGAAACACGCCACGUAUUGGUAUUGGAAUGGACUCAUCCGUGACACCAUUAAGACAUGGGGGUUUGUCUUUGGUGCAGACUACAGAUUUCUUCUAUCCGCUGGUAGAUGAUCCAUACAUGAUGGGGAAGAUAACUUGUGCUAAUGUUCUAAGUGAUUUAUAUGCUAUGGGUGUGACAGACUGUGACAAUAUGUUGAUGUUACUUGGUGUUAGUAACAAGAUGUCUACCAAAGAAAGAGAUGUGAUUGUUCCCAUGUUAAUGAGGGGCUUUAAGGAUUGUGCAGAAGAAGGUGGAACCCAUGUUACAGGAGGUCAAACAGUUCUAAAUCCAUGGAUGACAAUAGGGGGUGUGGCUACCACUGUCUGUCAACCCAAUGAAUACAUCAUGCCUGAUAAUGCUGUAGCUGGAGAUGUGUUAGUAUUAACGAAACCUCUCGGUACACAAGUAGCUGUCAACGCUUACACAUGGUUAGAUCAACCGGAGCGAUGGAAUCGUAUUAAACUGGUAGUCAGUGAAGAUGAUGUACGUAAAGCGUAUCAACGUGCUAUGUUCAGUAUGGCCAGAUUAAACAGAACAGGUGCUAGACUCAUGCAUAAAUAUAAUGGUCAUGGAGCUACAGAUGUCACUGGUUUUGGUUUAUUGGGUCAUGCUAAUAACCUUGCCAAAAUACAGAAAAACGAAGUUGGUUUUGUGAUCCAUAAUUUACCGGUUAUAGCCAAGAUGGCGUCUAUUAGUAAAGCUUGUGGUAAUAUGUUUGGUUUGCUACAAGGUCAUUCAGCAGAAACGUCAGGUGGAUUAUUGAUCUGUCUACCAAGGGAACAAGCAGCAGCCUUCUGUAAAGAUAUUGAGAAACAGGAAGGUUACCAAUCAUGGAUUAUAGGAAUCGUUGAGAAAGGAAAUCGUACAGCUAGAAUAAUAGAUAAACCAAGAGUUAUUGAAGUACCUGCUAAGGAUCGUGACGGUGAAUUGUGGUAGUCAACCACAUUUAAUAAGAUUUUACAAAAAUAAAAAAACAAAACUUUAGAUAUCAUUUCAGUUGAAAAACAAUAAAACACAUGGUACUGCUUUAAAGUACACCAUUUACUAAGUGUUACCAUAUAAAAACCAUUACCAUUGGUGUAUUUUCGAUAAAACAACCAAUCACAGAAGUUUAUAGAAAAUACCAAUACUUUUCAAAAGGCCAUUAACAUUGGUGUAUUUAUAACCAAACAACCUAUCAGAAAGUUAUGAGAGAAUUCAGAUAGUUUUUAAAAGACCAUUGUGAUUGGUGUAUUUAUAAUAUGACCAAAUAAUACAGUAUAACCAAUCACAGACGUUUAUUAAGAAUUUAAACAAUUUUUAAAGAUUUAUAAUAAAAUAACCAAUUACUGAAGUUUUUACAGAAUCAAUUAAAAUGUUUGUAUGUCCAUCACUAUGGCAACUGAUUAUCUAUCCAAGUGUUUACAGUUAGAUAAAAACUUUAAUAAUUUGUAAAUUUUGAUGUUAAAAGUGCUGAAAUAUUAAUCUUGUAAUCAUGUAUGUGCUUUUCAUUAUAACAAAUAAUUGGGGUUUUUUAUAAUGUAUAACUGUGUUGUGAAAUAUUCUCUUGAAGCAUAGUGCUAAACUGCUUGAACUAAGUAUAAACUUAUUACUGUAGUUGUCAUAAAUACUGGUAAUGCUUUACUUAUUGUAUGUUUGUUCAGUCAAACUGAACCCUUUGUUUAACUUUCAUAGUUUUAUAUAACAAAAUGCUGUCCAUGUAUGUAAACGUAUAUCACUGUGGGGUUUUACAAAUCUUUAUACCUUUCUUAAAAGCUUAAAUCUGUGAAUUAAGUUUCUCUCCAUUUUAUCUGUGGGUUUUGCAAAGGUGUAAAGCAAGGAAUUAAAUAUUUGUUUCUGAUUUUGAUCUUUUUCUCAGAAAAUGAGAAAUACAAUAUUUGUUUGUGAUAAUGGUUCGAGUAGAAAUCAUUUUCUUAAUUAUCUAUCCCUGUGUUCAAUCAUAUACUUUUAUAUAGACUUGAUUUCAAAUUGAGGAAUUAGCCUUGUUCAUCGACAAGUUUCGUUCAGAGAUGAAAUGAAAUGGGGUAUUUUAACGUCCUAUUUUUCGACACCAAUUGAGCUAAUGAAGACGCGAGUUUCUUUCAGCCUUAUAAUUACUUUCUAUUUGAUAGCAGAACCUGGCUUAUUUGUCAAUUUGAAAUCAACUCAAGAUAUUCAGAAUCUGUUUUAGUAUUCAAGGCAUUUAUUUGUAUAUUUUUGUGUCAGUUUUUUGCACAGCUAUUCUCUGUUUUUAUAGAGAAAAAAAAAAUCCCACUUCCUCUUAUAAGUCUGAAUGAUAUUAAAACAUUUUCAAACUGAAUUGAUCGCCAAAAAAAAUAGCAAUAUGUAAAACAAAAAAAAAAGAAAAAAACCAAUAGGUCAAAAUUUGAUUUUAACACUUGAUUUUAAAUAAAUCAUUUUUUGCGGCUGCAUUUGGUAUUAACUUGACCCUGAGCAAGUCAUGUGAUCACCAGUUUAGAGCCAUAUAAGGAGAGGGGGUCAUCUGUUACGAAUCUUUCUUAAUGAAGUUUUUCCAUAAAAGACGAAAGUUGGGAGGAAAAAUGGACAAUCGAAAGAUUUGAGACGAUGACCUUUGAUCCUUGCUCAUUUUUAUCAUUAUUUCAUCCGUCUUCAUGUUAAUUUGUUAUAGAAAUAAAAUUUAUAAUGGGAGUACAAUUUAA